AUGAAGAAAUUGAAUGAGCUCUCGACUCUUUGUGGUAUCAAUGCAUGCGCCAUCAUCUACAGUCCCUACGACUCUAAUCCAGAGGUGUGGCCAUCAAACUCCGGAGUGCAAAGAAUAAUUUCGGAGUUUCGUACAUUGCCGGAGAUGGACCAGAACAAGAAAAUGGUGGAUCAAGAAACCUUUUUAAAACAAAGGAUAGCCAAAGCCUCCGACAAUUUGAAGAAACAAAGGAAGGACAUCCUAGAGAUGGAGAUGACCGAAGUCAUGUUCCAAUGUUUGAUCGGAACCAUAGGGAUGUUAGCCUCUGAAUCUGAAUCUGAAUCAUAG